UGGCACCAACCGAGUCAAAGAUCUAAUCUGCUGCUCUCCGGCCAAUUCGUUGAUCUCUUCCAUCACCUCGGCUGGCCGUGCCCUAUUUCACGCCUUCUCGUCAAAAAGACGCUCCCUGCGUCCCUCUUUCCCGUUUCUUCACCACGAGGCCCCAGUCUAUCCCCCAUACUGUAAUCCUCAGGCUGUAAUGGCAGAGAAUGUCACCAUCUCGCUCCUCCCUGUCUCCCUCGCACUCGUUCACCUACCCCGUUCCCGCCUCGAGUCCCUCACGACGCAUGUACUGUCCCAGAUACUCUUGCCGAAUCCUACGUUUCUGAACAUUACCUGCAACGAGAUUGAACUGAGCCUGUUCGCCGAGCACCAUGUACUCAAAGACUUUGAAAAGAUAGCGAAAAAGGAUGCGCACAAGCUGGCGAAGGCGAUGAAGGAAAGCACAGACGAGCAAAGUCGAGCACAGGUGCGCAGGAGACGGCGUAAGCACGUCGUCGAGCAUUGGGAACCAGUCGAAGUUUCUUCGGAUAGAUGGAGCGUGCUGCAGAUUGACUCCCAUUCGGACCAGCUUGACAAUUCCGGAGCUCGAGUGCGAGAGCUCUCUGCGCCAUUAGCAGCGGCAGGAAUCUCAAUCCUGUACCAGUCCUCGUACAUGAGUGACUUCAUCUUCGUAAAAUCCGCCCGCCUUUCACAGGUCAUGUCCCUGCUUGCAUCGGCCGGGUUCAAUCUAUAUUCGUCUGAUCCGACGAACUUCACUGCGCAGCUGUCCACCUUCACUUCCCCCCUCCUCUCGCCAACCCCUGAUGACAACUCCUCAAUCUCUCUACUUGAUCUUACCACGGUCGCACAGCGUGUUGAUCCCGAGGGCCGCGCCAUCUUCACGCGCUCGCGAAGCGGCACAGACUCGACGAGCAUCUCGUCGGGGAGUCGCGGGACUCCGCUUCCACCAUUGCUCCACAUGUCCGGCCGUCUGGACUUCGCGUUUCCCGCUGACCCGACGGUAUCGUCACCGAUUUCUGUUGCGAGCGAAUGCGACGAGAUGAAGACACCCGCACCUGCGCCAAAGUCUGUCGUGAGCCGCUCGCAGUCGCACUCGCCAUCAGGGUGCGAGGUGAGUCUUCUCGCGCCGGAUUUGACGUAUGUCGGCCUCGCGGACGAGCAUGUGGAUAUGUGGGGGCUGAAAAUCAUCAAGCUUGUCGCGUUCCCAAGGCUCAUCGUUGGCGGUGACAGGAGUACCGAGAGCCUGAGCUCGGGCUCCUCUUCGGGUGGGACGCGGUUCUUGUCGUCUUCUCCAUCUGCCGUGGACUUCGAUGCGGCGGUUGCGCCUCCUGUUUUUCCAACGAAUCCCCUGGACGAGGUGUCUCUCCGCAUCAUCACCGCAAGCGACGUCGGCAAUACAAGCGGUAGCGACACGACAACACGCGUGGGCCUGGACUCACCGAAAGAAGAAUUAGCUGUAUAUGAUAGCGCAGAAGCCACAGUGAGUGAGCUUCGCAGACGCAAAAAGUGGGAGGAAGGCUCGGAGCAGUCGAGCGACGAUGAAAAUACCUCACCAUCGUCUGAUGAAGAAGGGGACUCGGAAGCGAAAUUCGAGCGCGAGCGCUCAUCGUCGGCGUCUAGCUCUGGGAGACCGUCGCUCGCACAUUACGACACGCUCGAUACGCUUUACACCUUGGACACCGUAAUGACUGUGGAAACUGUGCGCCCUGCUCCUGUUUCCGAAAGCAUCGAAAGCACUGAAGACGUCGACGCUGCCAAGCGUAGUCGCUCGCCCUCGACGUCCUCGUCAUCGAGUUCAUCCUCGUCGGCAAGCAUAUCUCCUCCACCGUUGGUGCCGUUCUUUUCGUUCACACGCACGACGGAGGGCUCGUCACUCACUGCCCCUGUAUCGUUACUCGCUGCGCUUUUCCCACCAGACCAGCGACACAUGGUGAUUUGUAGUGACGAGUUGGACGUUCUUGAUUCGCGACAGUCGUCUCCCGCGGUCGAUGAAGAAGAAGCCCUUCAGGAUGCGGAGGAAGACGAUGCGGACAGGGGGCCGCAGGGUCCACUCAAGUGCUUGCAGAUCGAUCUCAGGAAGUUUGGACUAGACAAAUAUGGUCUCGUCAACCGCUUCUCGCGCACCCUAGAAGAGAACGGCAUUAACCAUAUAUACAAUUCGACUUUCAAAACGGCCAACCUUCUUGUGGAUAAGGCUCAUGCUACGCGUGCUCAAGCUUUGCUACGCUCUUGCUGAAAACCAAACACAGGCCUCGAUAUUGCCUUCCUUUCAGAGCCUCGGCGUAAUGGCUGUGACAUUUCUUGUCUCAUCAAUCCCCUUUCCAUCGCCCCAACUCGGUUUUCGGUACAACAAAACGGCUCUGACGAUGCGCCGCGCGUCAGCAUGAUAUGCACUCACGUCUGUUCACGUCCUUCCCGAUAUACAUCUUGGUUAUCGUCUGCUAAUUCUAUCCCCACUGUCCUUGCGCUACCCCUGAUAUAUUCCUACUCUGGCAGUGCCUCCUCAGCCUCACUGAUCUUCUGCACACAC